AUGUCUGCCGUCAAGUUCCAGUCUCCUCCCUACAGACUAUUCGAGCAACUCCAUCCCUCCCCUCCUCAUACACAGCCUACCUUUCAUACAGAGAGGCCGAUAAUUGUCGGCUUGGACGACCGCAUCGAAUCUCCAGAGACGCUCGCAUCACAGUACGAAGAAGCUGCCCGAGCAGCAGACAGAGGGGACUCUUUGGGCGACUCACCCCCUAGAAUCUUCGACAUGGCUGCGUACGGAAAGGCGGCUCCUCUGCCGUCCAUGAAUGGCUUCGACCCUUCAAGAUACCCCCAACCCGCAUACGAUCAGUACACGACGCAGCCCUUCCCGACACAUCAGCAGACGGACAAGUUCGCCCAGCUCAACCAGCAGGCCUUCGGAUCCAACAAUGGCGUGGGCAGCUCGGUGAGCGCCUACAUGCCGGCGGGACCGACCGUGGUGUCUUGCCAACCCAGCUCGGGCAUGUUCGGCACAAAGGUAUUCAUCAAGAUGUCGGCCCAGUACGACCUGUUCGGCAUCUCGACGGCGCCCUACUUCUCGCUGCAGUUCGGAUCGGAAAAGGUCCCGCUCCAGGACGUGACUCGGGAGAGCAGCCAGGACGGCAGCGGCAGCUUCGUCUACUCGGGCACGGCCGACGCACCCCAAGCCAUGGUCACCGGCUGCGGCGAUGCGACCAACGUGCCGCUGUCACUCGUCAUCGAGGGACCCGCGGGUGAGGAGCUGUCGAGGAGCGUGGCCGGGUCCUUUCAGUACAUGGAUGGCGGCGGCGGCGGCGGCGGCGGCGGUGGCGGUAGCGGCGGUAGCGGCGGUGGCGGUGCGGGGGUAUCUGCCGAGGACGACAUCACGCGAUCCGACAAGAUGAUCAAGCACGAGAUGGGAAGUGGCCCGGCCCAGCAACCACCUGCCGGAGGUGAUCACGGGAGCGUGUCCCCCAGGUCAGAACAGACCCCGGUCACGGCACACCAAGCCGCUGCUCCCAUGCCCGGAGACGCGGGUACAAAUAGCUACGAAGACCCUUCGCAGCAGGGCCAGUACGCGCCCGGACCUUUCGCGCCGGGCCCGAGCGACAUGAUCAGCACCUACAGGAGCUCGAGCUUCGUGGAGCCUCCGUACCACCGCCCCUCGGCCCACGCGUGGGCAGGCUUUCCCGGCGGCACCCUGGGCAGCACGGGCAUGAGGGCGCACUCGCUCGACCACCACGCCAUGUCGGGCCACCGGUCGAGCCUGACGCCGCUCCCGAUGCCGUCUUCGUCGACGUCGACCGGCGGCUCGUCGGGGGCCCCCCAGCUGGUGCGGACGAGCACCAUCACCAACCCGGGCGGGGCCACCCCUUACAGCCAGGUCUCGCUCUACUCCAACAAGGCGAUCCUCAAGAUCAACGGCAAGCUCGACACCAUGGCCGAGAACUGGACGCAGGUGGAGUGGAGCAACCGACGACGGAUCGUCAUGUUCCGGCGGUCCCAGUCCGGGUCGACGCUCAGCGCCAGCUUCCGGCCGGUGCCCGUCAACGAGCGGCCGCCCAACAGCAUCUGCAUCUCGUGCAUCUGGUGGGCCGAGAAGGGGGCGUGCUUCGUGACGUCGGUCGACACCAUCUCGCUGCUGGAGCAGCUGGUCAUGGGACCCACGCGGUUCAGCGUCGAGGAGAAGAACCGCAUCCGCCGCAACCUCGAGGGCUUCCACCCGCUGACCGUGUCCAAGGGCAAGGCCGAGAGCGAGGAGUUCUUCAAGCUGAUCAUGUCCUUCCCCAACCCCAAGCCUCGCAACAUCGAGAAGGACGUCAAGGUGUUCCCCUGGAAGAUACUCGAGUCGGCCCUCAAGAAGAUCAUUGGAAAGUACAGCGCCAACCCUGCCGCCGCCAGCGGCCCACCCCCUCCCCAGACCAUGGCCGCCCCGGGCCCUUCUCCCUACGCCGCGGCUCUGCCCACGCCCCCCGGCCAGCACGCCAUGUCGUCGCACGACCACCAUCACCAGCACCAGCACCAGCACCAGCACCAGCACCACCACCCGGGGGGCCAGUACUCCAUGGCCGCCCCCAGCCACCACGACGCAGGCGCCAUGCCGUCCCCCCGAUCCCUGUCGGCUCCCCAGCCGUCGUGGGGGCCGUACGGUGCCGCGGCCGGUUACGGGGGCGGCGCCCCCCCUCCUGGACCCAGGACCAUGAGCCCCGGCAUGCGUCAGCCGAGCCCUGCACCCCCUCCCCCCUCGAUGCGCAUCAACACCAGCACUCCCCUGCCGGCCGUGUCGUCCUACGACACCAGGACCGUAUCUGCCGGGGGAUACGGUACCCCCCUGACCCACCACCCGACCGCGGCCGCCACACCACCUCGAUGGGAUGCCGCGCCGGCAAACUACGCAGAUCCGUACCCCAGCCUCGCCUCGCAGCAGCAGCAGCAGCAGCAGCAGCAGCAGCAGCAGCAACACUCACAUGCCCCUCCUCCACCAAUCUACAGUACGGCCCCACCGACCUAUGCCGAUGGAACACCCAGGGCGUGA